ACAAAUAUAUAUCGAGAUACUUACAUUCGUUUCUAAAUUUAAAGUUGCGCUAUGAUCCACUCGAGGGCGAUUAAUCCCUAUUUUGUAUUUCUGGACCAGUUUCGCGAUAAUCUGAAGAAGCGGAACAUCCAGAAUAUAAAACCCACAGUCGUGGCCAAAAUGUGUGGACAAAAAUGGCGCGAAAUGAGCAAGGCUCAGAAGUCGGUGUAUAUAAAGAAGGCCAAGGAAAACCGUGACAGCCGGGACUCUGCCGGAAAAUUCGAGUAAUAGUUUACGAGAUUGACAGUCCAAAGGGGACGCUCUCGGACGAUUAAACGCGGUUCGAACUUCGAAUCCUCCUCAAAGCAUGGUCAUAAGGGGACCAGUUGGAUAGCGCAUCGACAGAUGCUGCCGAUCUACCACUUGAUCACUCUUAUGAUGUCUCGUUAAAGAGGCCAUUUCUUCGUAAAAUUAUUAUUAUAUUGUAUUCACUACACAUAGAAAUU